GGGCCGCGCUGCAGCCUCAGCCGGGGAGGUGCCGCUCUCGCACCGCUGGGGCGCUGCCGCCGCCGGGCCCGGGCGCGGGAGGAGACAUUCCAGCAGCUGCUCAUCUUUYGCUCCUGGUCUUUAUUUCCUACGAAUCUCUGCGAAGACAAGUUAUGUCCACAGCCACUUUAAUUAAUCUGGUACGGAAUGGAGGGUUCCAAGUAAGAAGGAGAGCCGUGCUCACAUCCCGCUUCCUGCAAGACGAGAAGCGYCCCSCAGCCGUCUGCUCCAUCUCCACCUSCGAGCGCCGCGCCUCCCGCUUCGACUCCGACGGCAGCGGGAAGCCAACCACAUGGGACACCUUCGGCAUCUGGGACAAUCGCAUCGAUGAGCCCAUUCUCCUCCCACCCAGCAUAAAGUACGGGAAGCCGAUCCCCAAAGUGAGCCUGAGCAAAGUGGGCUGCGCCAGCCACAUCGGGAAGCGGAAGGAAAAUGAAGAUCGCUUCGGUUAUGCUCAGCUGACGGAGGAUAUCCUGUACUUCGCAGUGUACGAUGGGCACGGUGGGGCAGCAGCAGCAGAUUUCUGUGAUAAGUACAUGGAAAAAUAUAUUAAGGAAUUUCUUGCUGAGGAGGAGAACUUGGAAAAUGUUUUGAGCAAAGCUUUUCUAGAAAUAAACAAAGCAUAUGAAAGGCAUGCUAAUCUCUCCGCUGAUGCAACUCUGCAAAACUCUGGGACCACUGCAACAGUGGCUCUGCUCCGGGAUGGAAUUGAGCUGGUUGUGGCAAGUGUGGGAGACAGUCGUGCUCUGCUGUGCCGGAAGGGAAAGGCCAUGAAACUCACCAUUGACCAUACUCCAGAGAGAAAGGAGGAGAAGGAAAGGAUUAAGAAGUGUGGUGGCUUCGUAUCCUGGAACAGUUUGGGACAGCCUCAUGUGAAUGGUAGACUUGCAAUGACACGGAGCAUAGGAGAUUUGGAUCUUAAAAACAGCGGUGUGAUAGCCCAGCCAGAAACAAAAAGGGUUCAGCUGCACCACGCAGAUGACAGCUUCCUGGCCCUGACCACAGAUGGGAUCAACUUCAUAGUGAACAGUCAGGAGAUCUGCGACUUCAUCAGCCAGUGCCACGACCCUGCUGAGGCUGCUCACGUGGUCACUGAGCAGGCAGUGCAGUUUGGCACUGAGGACAACAGCACAGUUGUCAUAGUGCCAUUUGGAGCUUGGGGCAAGUACAAGAACGGGGAGAUGACCUUCUCCUUCAGCCGCAGUUUCGCUUCCAGCGGGAGGUGGGCAUGAAGACAAUGCCACAGCAAUCCUUUCCUGCCGUCACCUGGACACAGCGUGCUACAGGAGAACACCUCCAUCUGUUCCUAGGCUGACUCGGUGUCUUGUCCAUCUCUUGUGCUCCCAGUGUUAGAAGGUGCCACUGSUCCCUUGGUGCGUAACGCCCGUUGUUGCUUACGGCUGACCGUGUCUUGCUGCCCGCGUUAUUCCCAGCGGCACCGGGGCAGCUCCCUGGGUUUGUAGCCCCAGCAGCUCCGCACAUCACUUUGUUCACACUGACGAGGUUUUGGGCUUUCACCUGAGGYUGGAGGGGUUGCACAGUCAUUUCAUGCCUACUUGUAUUCCCCAGGACCCUCAGUUCCCUGGCAGCUGCGAGCCUCUGAGCCACAUGCUGGCUUCCCUGUAYGAUGAAACACAGGGAACAAACGCACAAUGUUCUUAGGCAGACAUAAAGAGUGCUGCUGCUGUGCUGCAGCCACCUGAAACUCCUGUUCUCCAGGAGAAGUGGGUGAAAAAGAAGUUUCAGAGUGUUUAGGUUCCGAUGGCAGUGGCAUUUGGUGUAGCUGUACAAGUUCCCAAGACAGUGCUGCUUUGCAGGGCUUUAUGCUCUCACCGCCACCAUCYGUGAUCCUCUUGCUCCAAGGAGACAGACCAGGCUGGAGCCAYGUGCUGUUGGACAGAUGGGAACCUCUCUCCAUUGGGUCCAAAGCCUGUACAGUCUCUGUGGACAAUGCAGCAGCCCCUUGCACUGUCUUCUCUUUGCUGUGUCAGUGCCUGACAGGAGCACAGAGGAGGGAAAAAGACGCACAGUUUUGAUAUCCAGAGACUCUCAUCAACUUGAAUUUCUUUUUUUUUUUUUUUUUAAUAAAGAAAAUAAGCUAAUUUCAAUGAGUUUACUCUUCAAGAUCUGAUGCAUAAGACAGUUUAUUGCUCAUACAUACAUGAGGAUUUUCCUGCCCUCUGCUGAAGGUAUCUGAUCUCACRUGUCUCUUCAUGGUACACAAGGAGAUGUAAAAUGCCCCAAGCAAGCUAGAGAAAGGAGAGAGCAUUAUUAUAAUAUAAGGUAUUUUUUGUAAGUUUGGGAUAUUUUUUCUAGUAGGUGUCAGAUGUUCAGACACCAGAAGGAAGUUUUGUACUUAAAGGAAGUAUUUCCACUUCCCUUCUUUUGGGGAGUCUGUGUCCAGUGAGGCAUGGGAGGACCAGAGCUCUGAUCCAGCUCAUAUCACUGCUGUGACACAGACUGCAGGUGAUGUGUUGACACAGGCAAAGAUCUGUCCCAGCGUGCCUCAUUCAGACCUCCUCCUUCCUCUGUUCCACAUCAGGUGUGGCAGUGAAAUACAGGUGGAGAAGAACUGGUCUUCUCCCAGGCUUGCCACAUUUUUUUUUUCCUUCUAUGGAUGCUUCCAACAGCACAAUCAUAAAAACAAAACAAAAUGAAAGAGAAGUUGCCUGAUAUUAAAUCAUGCUGAAAAAAAAAUAAUCUGAGGUGCCUGGCCUGAUUCUCAUUUUCCAGUGUGAAAUACGUAUCUUCAUUGCUUCUAUCCCUUUCCUUUUAGCCCAGGGUUACCCCUUAGGCAGUCAUUCCAUGUUUUUUUCCUUGCYUCUGRUGGAAGGCCAGCAGCACC